CUCAGCUAAAGAUUGCCCGCUUGAGAUUUAUCAGAUGUCAUGACAACGUGACAGCACACACUGUUGCAUAAUUUCAUCAUUCAAUCUAAAGUUCAAGGUACUUUAAACAGGUUGGAUUUAGUGCUGUGGGCUCUCUAUCAUUCAGCUGCACAGUUGGUGAGUGGUUUGUUCGUCUGUACCGAGGCCUUUUUGAACUGUAAGAUCAGAAACCAUGGGAGAGUGGGGUUUUCUGUCCUCUCUCCUGGAUAAGGUCCAGUCCCACUCCUCCGUUGUCGGGAAGGUCUGGCUCAGUGUGCUUUUCCUCUUCAGGAUCAUGAUCAUCGGAGCUGGAGCCGAUAAGGUUUGGGGUGAUGAACAGUCGAAGAUGGUUUGUAACACCAAACAGCCUGGUUGCAAGAACGUCUGCUACGACCACGCCUUCCCAAUCUCACACAUACGAUUCUGGGUCCUCCAAAUUAUCAUGGUCUCAACGCCAACGCUGAUCUACCUCGGUCACGUCCUCCAUGUUAUCCACAAAGAAAACAAACUGAGAGAAUACAUGAAGACCCACCCCAGCAGCGAGAUCAGGAAAGUUCCCAAGUACUCAGACGAAAAAGGCCACGUCGAGCUUAAAGGCAACUUGCUGGGAACCUACAUGACCUCCAUAUUUUUCAGAAUCCUUCUGGAGAUAGGGUUCAUCGUGGGGCAGUAUUAUCUGUACGGGUUCGUCAUGGACCCAAGGAUCGUCUGCUCCCGAGCCCCUUGUCCCUUCACCGUCGAGUGCUUCAUGUCUCGACCCACAGAGAAGACCAUCUUCAUCAUCUUCAUGCUCGUGGUGUCUUGCGUCGCUCUUCUUCUCAACGUGGUAGAGAUCUUCUACCUGAUCUGUUCUCGCUCGUCCAGGCGAAAGUCUAGAACAGUAAGCUCUACAGCGAUCGCCAUCCACCCACGUGCAAACGGUGACAGUCUGAUGAAGAAAUAGAGGCUCACUUACGGCGCAUAACUGAAGAUAGAUCCAAGUAAAACUUGACUAAUGGGGCUAAAUCUGCACGAGAUCUAAGGCCACAUGAGUACACUAAGACUUUAUUUAUGUGAUGCUUAAAAAUUCCUGGAAAUGAUGCAAAUUUCAAUAUUCAAAUAUUUAAAAAUGCAUGAGAACAAUGCAACAUGUGGUGAAAUGUCUGUGAAGCGAGUGAACUUUUGUGGUUUUAUUUAGUUUCUUGCUUUGUGUUUUGUACUUAAAAUUACAUGAGCCAGCUCUGAAUAUUUUAAUUUAUUCUGCUGUGAGCUACAUGAGCUAAAUGUCAGAUGGCCCUGACCGUAAAACCUCUGUAUCAGUUUGCAUUGGCUGAAAGCCAUUUACUAGCACUACAACCUUCUGUUUCUCUUACAUUGUUAAAUUUGAAGGCCUGGCUGUAAAUAUUUCAUUUACAAAUCAUUAGUUUUUUCAUGUUUUGUACUUUAUUAUGACUGUGUGUGUCUUGUGUUUGUAAUUCAUUGAG